AUGGGAAUUUCAGGUGGAAUGAGACGCGGACGCGGAACUCGUGCUGGUAGGAACCAUUCACCCACUAGUGAGGGUGAUGAUGAGCAGGUCCCUCGUGGGUUGCUACGGACUGUGGAGCGGUUGUUUGAGCGUUUUGCAGCGGCCCUCCCCAAUCCUAGUACUGACUAUACUGUGGAGCGUGCCAGAUGCCAUGGGGGGUAUACUUUUUCCAGUGCUCCUACGGAGUCCAUAGCAGGAGACUGGAUUACUAAUAUGGAGAGAGUGUUUAAAUCCUUGGGUUGUCCAGCUGCUAUGAGGGUUCCUUUGGCUAUUGAUCUCUUAAACGGGGAUGCAUGGCUAUGGUGGCAGGCUGCUAGGAGGGUCCAGCAUCGUCUCCGAUUUGAUUUCAUGCAAUUGAAGCAGACUGAAGAGAUGAAUGUGUUGCAGUAUGAGGAGCGUUUCAUUCCUUUAUCUCGAUUUUCCCCUGAGUUGGUAGAGAUAGAAAAGUUGAAGGUUGAUCAGUUUAUUAAUGGUCUCCUACCUAUUUAUCGAGACUGGUUGGCGCCUCACGAUUACCCGACUUUUAAAUUAGCUGUGGAGGCUGCUAUGAGAUGUGAGGCUAGAUAUCUAGACGAUUCCCAACCGUUGGAGAGUGGCGGUCCCAGUCAGGGGCCAUCCAAGAGAAUUGCAUCUAGUUCGGGUUCUGCAUCGUCAUCAGGCAGUAGACCGAGCAGUUCAGAUUCUAGCUCUCGUCAGCACUUCAGGGGAUGCUUCAGGGGGCCUGGGCAGACAGGUAGGAGGCAGAAUGUGGGUCAGACCACUGUGGGUGCUGCUAGUACACGUUCUCGGAGCAGUUUGUCAAGCAAGAGCAGCACUCAGCCGGGUAGUGGACAGAGAGGGCGUCUAGUGACCCAGACCCGUCUUCAUGCUAUGACCCAGCAGGAGGGUCGCACUGCACCGAACGUCAUUAUGGGAGUUUGCUUAGAGGCGGAUUUGAUUCCAUUUGAGUUAGUGGAGUUUGAUGUAAUCCUAGGGAUGGAUUUCUUUCGGAUGCAUCAUGCCUUAGUGGAUUACUUUUGUAGUACGGUGCUGUUUCGUAGUUCGGGUAAGCCAAUUGUCACCUUUUAUGGUGAACGGGAGGUUCUCCCAUCUUGCAUAAUCUCAGCUUUAACUGCUAAAAAGAUGUUGAGUAAGGGUUGCCAAGCUUAUUUGGCACAUGUGGUGAAUUCAGAUGCCGAAGUUAUGGAUCUUAGCCAAAUUCCAAUUGUUGGUAACUAUCCAGAUGUAUUUCUAGAUGAAUUGCCUGGUUUGCCCCAGUUACGGAUUAAAGAGGAGGAUGUAGCCAAAAAUGCUUUUCGAUCACUUUAUGGUCAUUAUGAGUUCCUUGUUAUGCCUUUUGGGUUGACAAAUACACCCGAUGCUUUUAUGGAUCUCAUGAACAGGGUGUUUCGCCCAUAUCUUGACCGGUUUGUGAUUGUGUUCAUUGAUGACAUAUUGGUUUAUUCUAAGAGUGAGGAGUUACAUGCUGAGCAGUUGAGUAUUGUGUUGGAGACUCUGCGGAUACAUCAAUUGUAUGCUAAAUUUAGUAAGUGUGAGUUUUGGCUCGACCAUGUGACAUUCUUGGGUCACGUCAUUACAGCUGCAGGUGUUAGCGUUGAUCCCCAAAAAGUAGAAGCAGUGUUGAAUUAG